AUGUAUCUAUCCUGCAGGAACUGGUGUGAACACACAGUGGAAGAGAAAGUGGAACAUGUCCUGUCCCCACAUGUGCAGCUUGAAGUGAGCUGUUUGGAGGUGGUCCAGUAUAACAUCAAGGGCUGGAGGCUUGAUGUGGACAGGAUGCGUGUCAAGCAUGGUGGAGAUGAUGGCAUUGCACUCUAUUACAAACAACAGGGUCCAAAGGCAUCCUGCCUCUUGUACAAAGCCCCAGAGAUAGAGAGCCAAAUGGUUAACAAGACAGUGAGGGCUUGCUGUGAGGGCUGGGCUGGUCCACACUGCUUACAGGGUGUGGCAGUGCGUGGCCAGUGUUUCUCUACAUGGAGCUGUGAUGAGUUCCCUGGAGUACAUAACUCAUCACUGAUGCCGAUGGAGCAGUGCUGUAGUAGCCAAUGGGGGCUCAGUUGGAAGAACAUCUCAGAUCAAACAUGCUUGGCCUGUAGCUACACGCUCCUUCCUGAUUCCCAGUCAUCCAUCCUGGUGCGUGAGGGUGUGCUAGGUAGUGCCAGGUUCCCUCAGGAUUCGGCCACCUGCAUGGCCUGGGGUGGGAUACACUACCGUACGUUUGACAGGAAGCACUUCCACUUCCAAGGCAGCUGCACUUACCUACUAGCUUCAUCUGCUGAUGGCACAUGGGCAGUUUACAUCAGUACGAUCUGCGAUGGAAGAGGAGGCUGCAGUAAGGCACUGAGGCUGAUGCUGGGCCUAGAUUUGGUUUCAGUUUACCACAGGAACUUAACGCUGAACAACCUUCUUGUCCCAAUUGGAGAACCAAUCUUCCAAAGUGGAGUCAGUGUCCAUUGGCUGGGGGACUUUGUGUUUGUGGAGAGUGGCCUGGGGGUGAGACUGAAAUUUGACCUGGUCAACACUGUCUACCUGACAAUUACAGCUGAACAUUUUGCAGUGACCAGGGGCCUCUGUGGAGUUUACAACAACAAUGCUGAUGAUGAUUUCACUACAAUGGGUGGAACUGUGUCCCAGUACGCUGCCAGCUUUGGCAACUCAUGGAAGGUUCCUGACCAGCAGACUGAAGGCUGCAGUGAUGCAGCUGAACUUGGUCACAGCUGUGAUGUGUUAGGAGAUGCUUCUCUACGUAAGCAGGCAGAGUCAGUGUGUCACAAACUUCUGGAAAACCCCUUCACACCCUGCCACACAUGGUUGGACCCAGCACCUUACGUAGACACCUGUCUGUACCUGUACUGCAGCCUACCUCCCAGAGAGAGGGAAGGAGCAAUGUGUGAAACUUUUGCGAACUACGCCAGAGAGUGUGCCCAGCAACACAUCAUCAUAAUGUGGAGGACAGACACCCACUGUGGUCAUGUCUGUCCCCGAGGUCAGGUGUAUUCCGACUGUGUGUCCUCCUGUCCUCCCACUUGUUCAUCUCUUCAGCCCCCGGUGCCUGCUGCCUCCCUUGGACAGUGCAGGGAGGAGUGUGUGGGGGGCUGUGAGUGUUCGAUUGGUCUCUACCUUCAUCAGCGACGCUGUCUGAAAAGAGAUGAUUGCCCUUGCUUCCAUCGCAGACGCACCUACCUGUCUGGGGACAAGAUAAAGCAGAGAUGUAACACUUGUGUCUGCAAAGCAGGCCUGUGGCAGUGCACUGCGGAGAAGUGUGCGACCCAGUGUAGCCUAAUGGGAGCUUUGCAAAUUAGGACUUUUGAUAAGAAGACAUAUUCACUGCAAGGAGGAGACUGUGUCUUUACUGCUGUGGAGGACUUCGUUGACAGAAAGCUGGUGGUGACUGUGCGCUGUGGGGAGUGUGUGGCAGGAGAAGGAGGAGCACUAAAGUUUGGUUGUCUCAGAGAGAUUUCAGUCACAGCAUUGCGUACCACGGUUACUGUUACAGAUACUGGAACAGUGAUGCUAAAUGGCCAGAGGGAUGUGCUACCUGUGGUGACAGGGGACCUGGUUGUCCGUCGAGCUUCAUCCUCCUUUCUCCUCAUUCAUACUUUUGGAGCCAAAGUGUUAUGGUACCUAGAAGGUCCCUUGGUCUUCAUCAUUGUGCAGCCUGGCUUUGCAAACAAGGUGCGUGGCCUGUGUGGAACACUGACAUGGAAUCAGCAUGAUGACUUCACCACUCCAGAAGGAGAUGUGGAAACCAGUGUUGUAGCCUUUAUAGGCAAAUUCAUGGUAGAGCGAUGUAAUCUGCCUCGUGGAACCCCUCCAGAUCCCUGCACCACAUAUACACAGAGGAGACACUAUGCAGAGGCCGUGUGCUCCAUCAUACACAGCUCUGUGUUCAAGGUGUGUCAUGACUUGGUGGACAGAGAGCCUUAUCUGCGUCUCUGUCUGUCUGAAGUUUGUGGCUGUGCUCCACAGACAUUGUGUCACUGCACUGUCCUCACCGCCUACGCCCGUCACUGUGCCCAGGAGGGCAUGGCUGUCCAGUGGCGCAACCACACAUUCUGCCCGGUCCAGUGCUCAAAAGGUCAAGUGUACCAGGAGUGUGGUCGCACAUGUGGGAACUCCUGUUCAGACUUGCAGCAGAACUGGAGUUGCAGUGAUGAUGGUGCUGAAACAUCCAUUAGGAUGUGUGUUCCAGGCUGCCAGUGUCCAGCAGAGCUUGUACAGGACCAUGAAGGCCAGUGUGUACCCAUCGCUAUGUGCUCAUGUAUACAAGGAGACAAGAUGUACCCACCAGGCACUGUCGUUCAAAACAACUGCAAUAGCUGCGUCUGUGCCCAUGGGCUUUUUAACUGCACCCAGAAGCGCUGUGAGGAAGUUAACCAGUGUCCUCGUUCUUUGGUCUACUCUCCACACUCCUGUCUUCUCACCUGUUCCAGCCUGGACCCCCCAGGGUACCAGCCAGGACACACUAUUACACAUUCAAGCUGUGGGGAGCCGUUGUCUGGCUGCAUCUGCCCACAGGGUACUGUGCUCCUGGUGAGUGAAGUCUCAACAUUCAGGGGUGAUAGGUGUGUUCUACCAGAUGAGUGCCCAUGUCAUCAUAAUGGUCGUCUUUACUACAGCAACAACACAAUCAUUAAAGACUGCAACACAUGUGUGUGUAAGGAGCGACGAUGGCACUGCAGUCAAUCCUCCUGUGGCAGUGUGUGUGUGGCAACUGGUGACCCACACUAUAUUACCUUUGAUGGCCGCUACUACUCUUUCCUGGGUGACUGUCAGUAUGUGCUGGCAAAGGAGACCAGUGGAUUGUUCAGUGUCACAGCGGAGAAUGUACCCUGUGGGAGUACAGGGGUCACCUGUACAAAGUCAGUCACCCUCAGCCUUGGAAACACCAUCAUACACCUACUGAGAGGUAAAGCUGUGACAGUAAAUGGGAUGCCAGUUACAUUACCAAAAUACUACAGUGGUAGUGGUUUGACUCUGGAAAAAGUCGGGCUGUUUGUAUCCUUGUCUUCCAGACUGGGUGUCACUCUACUCUGGGAUGGGGGAAUGCGUGUGUAUGUGCGUCUUGCAGCCCACCUGCAGGGUCAGGUAGGCGGUCUAUGUGGUAACUUCGAUGGGGAUACUGAGAAUGACUUUACAACGAGACAGGGCAUCAUAGAGUCUACACCUGAGCUGUUUGGAAACUCCUGGAAGGUCAGCCCCUCCUGUCCUGAUGUGGCAGACCAGGACCUCAGAGACCCCUGCAAUCUGAACCCCCACAGAGUGACAUGGGCCAGAAAAAAAUGCGCAAUCUUGACUCAUGAGCUCUUCUCUUUGUGCCACACUGAGGUGCCCUUUCAGCAGUAUUAUGACUGGUGUGUCUUUGAUGCCUGUGGAUGUGACUCAGGUGGCGACUGUGAGUGUCUGUGUACGGCUGUUGCUGCGUAUACUGAGGAAUGUAACCGCCGAGGGGUUUAUGUUCGCUGGCGGUCCCAGGACCUCUGUCCUCUGCAGUGUGAUAAUGGAAUGGUGUAUAAUCCAUGUGGGCCAACCUGCCCCCACUUCUGUCCUAGCGUACAUAAGAGUUCACUCUUCAAAUGUGACAUCCUUUCCUGUGUUGAGGGUUGUUUCUGUCCUUCUGGCACUGUCCGCUAUGGUGAUAGCUGUGUACUUCCCAGUCAGUGCCCUUGUGAGUGGGAUGGCUCCAUGUUUCCACCAGGAACAAGCGUCACUCAACACUGCCAGAAUUGUUCAUGUGAGGAUGGUGUCUGGCAAUGUGAAGGUGUGGCUUGCCCUCCUCCACUCUCUACAUGUCACGAAUCUGACUUUGUUUGCGCUGGAGGGCGCUGCAUCCCAUCUCAGUGGGUCUGUGACAAUGAGGAUGACUGUGGCGAUGGUUCAGAUGAGAUCUGUCCCUCCACUUGCUCUCCAGACCAGUUCCGCUGCACCAGCAGGCCAAGUGGACCAUGUUUAAACCUGGCUCUGCGCUGUGAUGGCCACCCAGACUGUGCUGACCAAUCAGAUGAGGAGUUUUGUGGACCUUCCACCCCUGUACCCUUGUGCCCACCAUGGGAGUUUCAGUGUGCCAGUGGAAAGUGUUUACCAGCCAACCAAGUGUGUGAUGGACGACUGGACUGUGGCUUUGCUGAUGGAUCAGAUGAACAAGACUGUGGCGUUGUGUGCGAUGAAGGGGAGUUCCUGUGUACUGGAGGACGCUGCAUUCUUUACCUCCAUCGUUGUGAUGGACAUGGUGACUGCAGAGACCUCAGCGAUGAGAGGGGGUGUGUUUGUGCACCAGGGCAGUUUCAGUGCCCAUCUGAUGAAUGCAUUCCUGUGGACAAAGUUUGUGAUGGACACAGGGACUGUCCCUCUGGAACAGAUGAAGCUGUGUGUCCAAGUAAAGUGACCUGUGCUCCUGAUCAGUUUGCCUGCAGCGAUCGUACAUGUGUCACCACGAAUAAACUGUGUGAUGGAGUGAUGGACUGCCCUGGCAGAGAAGAUGAGAACAUAACAAACUGCUACUCUGCUGUGACACCACCAACACCCACCACCCCACCUGCACCCACUUCAGCUUGCAGAUUGUAUGAGUUUGGAUGUGCCAGCGGUGACCAGUGUGUUCCUAAGGCCUGGCGUUGUGAUGGGGAGAUUGACUGUAUGGAUGGUAGUGAUGAGGAGCAGUGUCCUGCCCCCUGCAGCCCAGGACAGGUGCCCUGUCUCAGUGGGAGUCAGUGUGUGGAAUACCAGCAACUCUGUGACGGGAUAUCACACUGCAACGAUGCUUCCGAUGAAAGCAUCGAUAACUGUGGCUCUUCCCGGAUACCUUCUUGUCCAGGCAGCUUCUUGUGUGACAGUCAUACCUGUGUGAACAUGUCACAGGUGUGUGAUGGUAUCCCAGAUUGUCCACGGGGCAACGAUGAGUUGGUGUGUGACAGAACUAUCUCUCCAGUUCUUCCUGUUAGUAACACCACCAUCACCUGUCCUGAAUUCACCUGUAUGGAUGGAUCCUGUGUCCCCUUCAAUGUGGUGUGUAAUGAUGUGGCAGAUUGCCCACUCUCCCCACUAGCACCACUAAGGGGCCCCACAGAUGAGGAGGGGUGUAGGACCUGGGGACCCUGGGGUCCCUGGAGCCCAUGCAGUACUUCAUGUGGAAUGGGAUUUAUGACUCGAUAUAGAUCUUGCCCUCCAGGAGGUCCAUUACACCACUGUUAUGGCCAGGAUGUUGAGAAACAGCAAUGCUUCAACACCACAUGCCCUGUGGAUGGUCAGUGGCUGCCUUGGGGGAGCUGGUCAAACUGCUCGAGUGGUUGUGGCGGUGUGCAGGUCAGGCAUAGAGGCUGCAACCUUCCUCGCUAUGGAGGGAGAGAUUGUACUCAACUCACUGGACCAUUCAACCUUGCAAUGGAAAUCAAGCCUUGCCCUGAUGAUGAAUGUGCCAACAUCAGCUGCCCUACUGGUCUGGUGAGACAUACCUGUACCUCCUGUCCGGUCUCCUGUGCACAUAUCAGCCAUAAUGCUACCUGUGAUCCCACAGCACCCUGCUUCUCAGGCUGUUGGUGUCCAGACAGUCAGGUGAUGAGCCAUACACACCAGUGUGUAUUGCCUGAGGAGUGCGCGUGUGAGGUGACAGGAAUACUUUACUGGCCAAGUCAGAAGGUGAAAGUGGACUGUGAUAUUUGCGUUUGUGAGAGAGGAAGACUUCAGCGAUGCCAGCCCAACCCAGAAUGCUCAGUGCACUGUGGCUGGUCACCGUGGUCUCAGUGGGGAGAAUGUUUGGGGCCUUGUGGUGUCCAGAGUGUCCAGUGGUCAUUUCGAAGUCCAAACCACCCAGCAAAAAGUGGGGAUGGCAGAGUGUGUCGAGGAAUCUACCGGAAAGCUCGCUGGUGCCAGACAGACCCCUGUGAUGAGUGUGAGUACCAGGGCCAGUCCCAUUCAGUUGGAGACAAGUGGAGAAAAGCUGAGUGCCACUUAUGUCUCUGUCUGUCUAAUCUGACAGUACAGUGCUCACAGUACUGCCCGUACACAGUGACUGGGUGCCCAAAAGGCCAAAAACUUGUAACUGGAGAGGGAGACAAAUGCUGUUACUGUCAAGAUGAAUGUUGGUCUCCACUGGGUGUCCAGAGUCUUCCAGCUGCAAGCUUCACUGCCUCAUCACAGCAAGCUGGUCAUCCUCCUGAAGCAGCGCGGCUCUAUGGAUGGGACUCUCACAGCGACCUCCAGGGUUGGAGUCCAGAACCAGAGGAGUAUAAGGAUGUACCAUGGCAGAGCCUGGAGGGACACAGCAGCAGUACACGGAGGCCGUACUUACAGAUAGACCUGUUGAAGCAACGGAACAUUACUGGUGUGGUAACCCAGGGUGGUGGAGUGUUUGACACUUAUAUAUCAAGCUUCUACCUGCAGUUCAGCCAAGAUGGCAGACACUGGUACACUUACAAAGAGGUGCUCACUGACGAACGAUCUGCAGCUAAGACUUUUCAUGGUAACUAUGAUGAUCGUGGGGUGGUGGAGAACAGACUGGAUAGGAGGGUGUGGGCUCAGUUUGUUCGCCUCCUACCACAUGACUUCCACAAUGGGAUCUACUUGCGCCUUGAGCUGAUGGGCUGUGGAGCUGUCUCCACAGCAGCUGGCUGCACAGCAAAGGAGUUCCAGUGUAACAACGGCCACUGUGUACCUGCAGACUCAUCAGGUGUUGUAUGUGAUGGCAUCAAUGACUGUGGAGAUGGAUCAGAUGAAAUGUACUGUGGUGAGUUUCCAAAAAAUAAAAUGCCUAUUUCUCCUUUUUUCACCAGCCCACGUGGUUGUCCUUUUGGCCAGUUCUCCUGCUUUUCAACAGGGGGCUGUAUUAAUGUUAUUUUGCGUUGUGAUGGGAUCCCCCACUGUCCCAGAGGAGAGGAUGAAAUUGGUUGCUACUCUCAUGGGAAUGUUACCACCCAGCUAGACAGCAAACUGCACACACCCACUCCUGCUCCACUCAGGACUCCAUCUAUGGCUGCUGUUACUCAUCCUACAGUCACACCAAAGGAUGCUGGCCUAGGAUAUCGUGUCAUUUGUUCCUCUGCUCUUGGAAUGGAAGAUGGGAGAAUUCAUUAUGGACAGUUGACCUCAUCCUCCCAUCAUGAGAACAACCCUGCUGAUGCUGGACGCCUAAAUACCAUCCCAAAUAUUCAGGUUAUGGAGCCUGGUUGGAGCCCUUUGCCUUCUGAUCCCCAUCCCUACUUUCAAGUGGACUUCCUGGAGCCCACUUGGGUUUCAGGUGUGAUAACUCAGGGCAGUGAACAUAUGUGGGGUUCCCUGACUAAAUACCGCCUGGCCUUUGCACUACACAGUAGACACUUUACAGACUAUACUGAGAGUGGGAAGCCCGAUGCCCUCAUUAAGGUGUUUGAGGUACGGCUGGUGGGCAGAACCCCUGUGACUCGCUGGCUCGAUCGGCUGGUCAAAGCUCGUUACCUACGUGUUAUUCCUGUUGAGUUCAGACAUACAUUUUUCCUGCGUGUGGAGAUUCUGGGUUGUAGGGAAGAUGAGCUGGUAACCCCCAGCGGUGUGACUGCCUUGCCUGUGACCACUGUGCAGCAUUGUAAUCAAGGCCAGUUUGCCUGCCUUUACAGUGAAGAGUGUGUUUCUGUCUCUGUCCUUUGUGAUGGUCAACUCAACUGCAAAGAUCACUCUGACGAGAUGAACUGUGGUGAGAACUGACAGAUAUGUGGAUUUCCUGGGCUCCAGAAUCAGACCAGCCCCACGAGGAGACCAGGCUUCCGUAGUGACACAACUGUUGGUGUUCCAGGAAUCUAUACUGCCAGAUCACAAGGUAGUUGACACAACGUAGCUAGCCCAGGGGCCACAAUCCAACCUGAACUUCACCAGACAACCAACCAUAACCUCAGCAACGUCAGCAGAGGGAGCUGGUGCAACGCAGAGAGCCCUGGCUUUGGAGCUGGCACUACAGUGAGGCCAGAGGUGACUCCACUGUACCCCGCGGUGCCGAGCCUGUGCUCUGUCAAGCAGUUCUCCUGUGACAGUGGGGAGUGUGUUCACCUUGAUCACAGGUGUAACCUGCAGACAGACUGUGUGGAUGGAUCUGAUGAAAAAGACUGUGUGGACUGCAUCAUGUCUCCAUGGACAGCAUGGAGCCAGUGCAGUGUGUCCUGUGGUCGGGGCUCCUUGUUCCGACAGAGGGACAUACUGAGGGAGGCUCUACCAGGAGGUGCCUGUGAUGGAACUCAGUUUGACAGCCGUCCCUGCUUCCCUCGUGCUUGUCCAGUUGAUGGCCAUUGGUCUGACUGGACAGAGUGGUCAGAGUGUGACGUUCAGUGUGGAGGCGGUAUCAGGCAGAGAAACAGGACAUGCUCAGCUCCUCCUCCUAAAAAUGGUGGACACGAGUGCACUGGCAGGACUCUGCAGAGCCAAAGCUGCAACAACCAGCCCUGCACUACAGACACUGCCUCACAGACAGGAUGUGUCAGCAACAUGAUGCUCGUCACUGAGGCAGACUGCCUGGCUGGGAGAGUCGAGCCAUGUCCUCCUACGUGCUCACAUCUCAGCUUGACCAACAACUGCAGUGCUGAAUGUGUACUAGGGUGUCGCUGUCAUGGUGGUCUGUACCUUCAGGACGGGCUGUGUGUAAAUGCCAGCAAAUGUGUCUGUCACUGGGAUGGCCUAACACUUCAUCCAGGACAGGAACUAAAUAAGAACAAAUGUACCACAUGUGUAUGCAGAGAUGGACAAUUGACCUGUGAUACCUCCAGUUGUGUCGUGAGCUGUCACUGGUCAGCCUGGUCGUCAUGGUCACCAUGUGAUGUAACCUGCGGUGUGGGUCAGCAACAACGCUACAGGUCUCCAGUGAAUCCAGUUGGAGCAGUGGAAGUCCAUCCCUGUCCAGGAGACUCCACUGAAGUCCGCAGAUGUUUCAUUCCCUGCCUCUCUGUGGAAAAAACUGGAGCUUGGAGUAAAUGGACCAGCUGGUCGGAGUGCAGUAAGACGUGUUUCCACCAUGUCGAUGAUGUGGGUGUCAGACAACGAGUUCGCAUCUGCAAUCACACACUUACAGCCUACAAUGUCACGCACAUGCCCUGUGAGGGAGCCAGUGAGCAUCAAGAACCUUGCAACACAGUAUACUGCCCAGUGAAUGGUAGAUGGUCAGCAUGGUCACCGUGGUCUCAGUGCUCAUCUGAAUGUGACUCUGGUGUGCAAAUGAGAGAGCGCUUCUGCAAUUCACCCUCAGUACAACAUGGGGGCGGCAGCUGCCCUGGACCACACGUACAGACAAGAGAUUGUAACUCUCAUCCCUGCUCAGGUGUGUGCCCAGAGGGCAUGGUGUACAUGACGGUCACUGAGUGUGAGAAUCAUGGUGGUGCAUGUCCACGGGUCUGUUUGGACGUGAUGUCCGCUGAGGUGCAGUGUUCCACAGCCUGUUACGACGGCUGCUAUUGCCCCCUGGGCUUCUAUUUGCUUAAUGGAAGCUGUGUUCGAUUGGAACAAUGCUUUUGCUACCACCAGGGGGAGCUGUAUCCACCUGGUGCUGUGCUUCCAAUGGACACCUGCAAUAAUUGUACCUGCAUUGAUGGAGAAAUGGAAUGUGGAACAGCACCCUGCCCUGUGGACUGUGGUUGGAGCAGCUGGACCCAGUGGAGCACCUGCAGUCGAACAUGUGAUGUUGGUGUGAGAAGAAGGUACCGUUCAGGAACCAAUCCUCCUCCAGCAAAUGGGGGCCAGCCCUGCAAAGGAGACAGAGUUGGGAUUGAUACUUGCAGCAUUGAGCCAUGCUUUGGUGUGAGGGAACCAUGGCGUCCGUGGUCUGAGUGCUCUGUGACCUGUGGAGGAGGUUACAGGACUCGAACACGUGGACCAAUCCAAACCUAUGGCACCGCGCAGGAGUUCAGUGCCUGUAACAUACAGCCCUGUGGAAGUGGUAGGGUGUGUCCACAGGGACAGCAAUGGAAUCAGUGUGUGAGUGGACCAGUGUCAUGUACAGACAUCUUGUUGGACCUCCACAGGAACUGUACACCAGGUUGCCAGUGUCCACACGGAACUUUCCAGCAAGAUGGUCUGUGUGUACGGGUGCCUGACUGUCGUUGCGAUGUGGAUGGACAACAGUAUGAACCAGGAGUUACUGUCCCACAAGACUGCAACAACUGUACUUGUGUAUCAGGAAGGUUACUGAACUGUACUCAGGACAGGUGUCCUGUGGAUGGUCAGUGGUCACUGUGGACUCCUUGGGGUCAGUGUUCAGUGUCAUGUGGAUCAGGUCUCCAGUCUCGAUACAGGUUCUGUUCCAGUUCUGGCAGCGGUUUGCUGUGUCUUGGACAUCACCGUGAGGACAAAGUCUGCGUCUUAAAGCCUUGUGAUCGUGAUGGUGGCUGGAGUCAGUGGAGCAACUGGACAGAGUGUACCACAUCAUGUAGUGGAGGUUUUAAGAGUCGGAGGAGAGAAUGCAACAGCCCGAGCCCAGAGGGCGAGGGCGACUACUGUGAGGGGCUUGGAACUGAGGUUGUGACCUGUAAUACCAACCACUGCCCAGUGGCACCAUGUUCCCAGGUUCCAGGUACUGUGUUCAGCAGCUGUGGCCCCUCUUGCCCUCGUUCCUGUGAUGACCUCACACACUGCGAGUGGCGUUGUGAGGCAGGGUGUUACUGUACUGAGGGAAAAGUCCUGUCUGCUAAUAGGACACUUUGUGUUGAGAGAGAAAUGUGUCCCUGUCUCGACCUCAGCUCUGGACACCACAUUGAGCCAGGAGAGACCAUCACAGCUCCCGAUGGCUGUAACGAAUGUUCAUGUGAGGGUGGACGGCUCAACUGCACCAGAAACCUGUGCCCAGUGUCAGGUGGCUGGUGUGAGUGGUCAGAGUGGACACCAUGCUCCAGGACCUGUGGGUCAGAGUCUGUGUCCCGCUACAGAAGCUGCACCUGUCCGGAGCCCAAGGCUGGAGGAGCAGCUUGUCAUGGAGAACAAGAAAUACACAAUAAGGUUGGAGUCCAAAUUGAACGGCAGCCCUGCCCCGUCAUUACCUUUUGCCCAGUCCAUGGUUCUUGGAGUCUUUGGUCAGUGUGGUCAGAGUGCAAUGCGUGCUCCGGGUCAUCAACUCGUACCAGGGAAUGUAAUAGUCCUCCUGCCAGGUUUGGCGGCCUGCCCUGUCUUGGAGAGAGUAAACAGAGCCAUGGUUGCUACAGUAAUGACACAGUCUGUGCAGACUGCGGAGUGGAGCAGGAGGACUGGCCUUGUGGGAAGCCCUGUCCACGCUCCUGUUCAGAUCUCCAUAGUGACACAGAGUGUCUGGACUCUCCUGGGUGCAGUCAGACCUGUGGUUGUCCUGGUGACAUGGUUCAGCAGGAUGGUGUGUGUGUGGUCAGGGACGAAUGCCGCUGUAAAUACUACAACAGCUCUGCUACUGUUUCAGUCUUUUAUAGUGUUGAAUACACCAAUGCAUCAUGGGUAUGGCCUGGUGAGUCUGAUUGGCAGUUUGCAAAUCCAGGCGACAGCAUUAUCAGUGACUGCAAAAACUGUUCAUGUGAAGCUGGGGUUUUGCACUGUCAAUCUGUCCCUGGUUGCCAUGUGGAUGGAGGAUGGAGUCAGUGGGGCACCUGGACUGAUUGCUCACUUUCCUGUGGAGGUGGAGUCAAAUUUAGAAGACGCCUUUGUAAUAACCCAUCGCCUCAAAGUGGUGGGAGAGGCUGCCUGGGUGCUGCUGAACAGCAGAGAGACUGCAACACACACAUGUGCAUAGAAUUUGUCGGCCCAUGGCUGCUGUGGUCGCAGUGGUCGGAGUGUUCAGUCAGCUGUGGUGGGGGGCAACAGUUCCGAUCUCGUGUUUGUAGCUUUCCACCUUGUAGUGGCCUCAGUCGCCAGACCAAAACCUGCAACACCCAGGUGUGCUUGGAGGUGGGCUGCCCUCCUGGCAGGCUGUACAGGGAGUGUGAACGAGGUGAAGGCUGUCCAUUCAGCUGUGCUCAGAUCAGUGGGAGAGAGGGCUGUUACUCAGAUGGCUGUGAGGAGGGCUGCCACUGCCCCCUACAAACCUAUCAACACCAUGGACUUUGUUUGCAGGACUGUCCAUGUCUUGUUGACAAAGAGUUGUUAGAAUCUCUGCAGAGUGUUUCUGUAACACCUGUGUCAUCUCUGCAACUCCAUAACAUCUCCAAUGGAGUGGAGCUCCAGUCAGGAGACACACUGCUCCACGAUUGUAGCUUCUGUGGCUGUGACCAUGGCAGGUGGAACUGUUCACUGGAGCAUUGUCCUGUGGAUGGCGGUUUGUCACCUUGGGGCCCCUGGAGCACCUGUUCAUUGUCCUGUGGAGGACUGGGACUGAAGAUUCGUUCAAGGAGCUGCACACAGCCUAAUCCUGCACAUGGUGGGAGAGACUGCCAAGGUCCACGAUUUGAAACGAUGUACUGCCAGGCCCCAGACUGCCCAGCAAUUGUUGGCCCUACAGAAGAACCCACCACACCAGAUGAGGAUGCUGAAUUCUUUCCAUGGACACUCUGGAGCACUUGCACAAAGACCUGUACUGACCCUCUUAACCCAGCCACUAAAUCCCGUGUUCGACAAUGUAAAAAUGUGACUUGCUCUGGAAACUCUCAUCAAGAGAAGGCCUGUAACCUGCCCCAGUGUUCAGAAGGUGGUGAACAGUGCGUGGGAGAUGAAUGUGUCCAAAGAAAUUGUUCAUGGAUGCACUGGGGAGAAUGGUCUUCUUGUUCACGAUCCUGCGGUGUGGGUCAGCAACAGAGGCUCCGCACCUUCCUCAGCCCUGGGAAAAAUGGAUCAUGGUGUGAAGACAUUCUGGGAGGAAACCUAGAGCAACGCUUCUGUAACAUCAAGCCCUGCCUAGUGGAUGGAGGCUGGUCUCGUUGGAGUCCCUGGUCCCGCUGUGAUAGGAUCUGUGGGGGUGGACGCUCCAUACGCACCCGCUCCUGCUCCAGCCCUCCACCGAAAAAUGGUGGGAAGAAGUGUGUAGGCGAGAAGAACCAAGUCAAACCCUGUAACACCAAACCCUGCGAUGAGGAAGGAUGUCCACCUGGUCAGGAAUCUGUGCUGUGUGCCAAUGAGUGUCCUCAACGCUGCUCAGACCUCCAGCAGGGCAUCGAGUGCCAGGGCAACAUUGAAUGUCAGCCUGGCUGUCGCUGCCCCAAAGGCAUGUUGCAGCAGGAUGGAGUUUGUGUGCAGCUGUGGCAGUGUGACUGUGUGGACUCGCUCGGAGAGAUUUGGGCAGCUGGUAGCCAACAUCAGGUGGACUGUAACAACUGCAGCUGUUCUGACGGUCGGCUGGUCUGCACCAAUCACAGCUGCCAUGCCAUCUGUGGUUGGAGUAUUUGGUCCAGUUGGUCAUCAUGCAGCACUUCCUGUGGACUGGGCCAGAGAACGAGAUACAGGUCACUCAUCCCAGAGACAGAAGAAUCAGAAUGCCAGUUUGAAGAAGUCCACCAUAAAUCCUGUGACCCGGGACCCUGCCCGCCUCUCUGUCUCCAUAACAACCAGGAGCUCAAUGUAGGAGACACAUGGCUGGAAGGAGAGUGUAAACAAUGCACCUGCACCCCAGAAGGAAAUUACUGCCAAAAAAUUGACUGUCGAGUGGAUGGUGCUUGGACCCCGUGGUCAGUGUGGUCUGACUGUCCUGUGACCUGUGGACAGGGGACUCAAGUGCGAUCCCGUGCCUGCAUCAAUCCCCCACCACGUAAUAAUGGGUCGCACUGUCACGGACCAGUUAGUGAAAUCCAAGACUGUCACAGCCCUCCCUGUCUGGAUGACCUUUGUCCUUGGUCUCCAUGGUCACCAUGUUCGUGUAGCUGCGGUGCAGGGUCUGUGUCACGGAGAAGGGUGUGUGUUUGUGAGCAGGGAGGUGAUGCAGAAUGUUCCGCUGAGAUUGAGGCCGAAAGAAACAGAGAAGAGACCCAGUUGUGCUACAAACAGCCUUGUCCAGGUUGUCCCAUGUCCGAGUGGAGUGUUUGGUCUCAGUGUUCAUGUUUGUCACAGAGGCAGCAACGUCAUCGUGUAGCUCUCUCUCUGGCCACCAGGGGGCAACGAUGCACUCCUGUUGAAACACAGAGCAGAGCAUGCAAAACAAGUGAAUGUACCGAAUGUGACGCACCUUUUCAGUACUCGGCAUGUGGGGCCCCAUGUGAAAAGCAGUGUGCAUUGCAUGACCAAGGGCUUCUGUGUUUAGGAGACAGAGAGUGUGCACCUGGCUGCUAUUGCCCACAGGGUCUGCUGCAGAAGAACAAUAGCUGUGUUCCACCAGAGGAAUGUGGCUGCAUUUAUCUGCAGCACCAACUUCCAGAUCAACUGCUCACGCCUGUCACAAUCCCUCAGGGUGCCACAGUCACCAUAGACUGCAGCACUUGUCUUUGUCAUAAUGGAACGUUGCAGUGUGACAUGAGAGAAUGUGAAGUCAUCCUCAGCGAGUGGUCAGAGUGGACUCCCUGUUCUCCAUGUGUAGCUGCUUCCUCUUUACAGUCUUCAUCUGGGCUUUUUGGUGACAGUAAACUGGUCUCAAUUCAGAAACGCUUCCGGGCCUGUUUAGACCUGGAUUCUGGUCUUCCUGUCUCUGGAAAGAAAAAUGACUGUCUGGGACCACUGCUGGAGGAGAGGAUCUGUCCGGAUACUAACAUCUGCAGAGAUACGUGUCAGUGGAGUAUGUGGAGCGCUUGGACUGCCUGUGCAGAGCCAUGCAGUGGAGGAGUUAGGCUACGCUACAGAGAGCCGCUGAGCUCUCCUCCAGGCCCCAAGUGUUGGAGCCAACAGACACAGAGCCAGAGCUGCAACACUGGACUCUGCCCAGGUGAGCGUUGUGAAGAUCGUGGGCGGACCUACCAAGGAGACUGUGCCAACCAAUGUCCUCGAAGUUGCACUGAUUUAUGGGAACAUGUUCAGUGUCUCCAAGGACCUUGCCACCCAGGCUGUCGGUGUCCAGAGGGACAGUUGCUGCAAUAUGGCCAGUGUGUGCCAGUGGGCGAAUGUCGCUGUGGGAUCCCAUCAGGCAAUGGGACACUCGAGUUCAAUCCUGAAGACAAGGUUGCCAUAGACUGUAACACCUGUGUGUGUGAGAAUGGCACUUUGGUGUGCACUGAACUUUCCUGCCCUGUGUACGAACCCUGGAGCACAUGGAGCACCUGCUCAGUUUCAUGUGGGAGUGGUCAUCGGACAAGGACACGUUCCUGCCAGGACACAGAGAAAAGCCCGGCCUGCGCUGACACCAAGCAGAUAGAGAUCUGUGACCUACCCCUCUGUCCAGUGGGAUGUUUGCUGAGUGAUUGGUCACCAUGGAGUGAGUGCAGCACAACAUGUGGUGGUGGGUCGUCCGGUCGGAACAAGACGAUUCUUCAGGAACCAGAGCCUGGUGGGAUCGCCUGUGUGGGACCACUUGAACAGCACACUGUCUGUAACACCAACAGCUGCCUGCCUGAGUGUCCUGGCAACCAGGUUUUUGGUGAUUGUUUAGGUUCCUGUCCACAUACCUGUGAAGAUCUUUGGUCGCAUACUCAGUGUUUACCCGGCCCAUGCAUUGCUGGCUGCACCUGCCCCCCUGGACAGGUUUUGUAUGCAGGCUCCUGUGUGCUGCACGCAGACUGUCCCUGUUCUUACCUCUCCAUGCUAUUUGACAACCAAAGUUGGAAUGUCAGCACUGAGCAAAGCACUCAAGCUCUGCUACCACCUGGAACAACCAUUCAGCACCUCUGCAACACAUGUGUUUGCCAAGGAGGAGCGUUUAACUGCACCUCAGAGGUUUGUGAUGUUGACUGUAACUGGUCUAAGUGGUCCCAGUGGAGCUCCUGCUCAACGAGCUGUGGUAUGGGACAACAGACCUCCACCAGGACCAUUCUGCAGUCCAACCAGUUUGGAGGGGCACCGUGUGAAGGUCCUGACCAUCGCAUCACGGCCUGUAUGGCCCCUGAUUGUGCGUGUCCUGAUGGGGAGCAGUGGAGGAGGAGCAUUUCAGAGGAGGCUCUGCUAUGUGAGAGGAGCUGCCAAGACAUGUAUGCCUCUUCUCCUGUCAACUGCAGCCACUCCAAGGAGGGCUGUGUGUGUCAGGAGGGUCUCUACCGAAAUAUGGAGGGGCAUUGCGUCAUCCCUGCCCUCUGCCCCUGCCAUGACCAGGGCAUAGUGUUGGAGGCAGGAGCAGAGUGGGAGCAGGACUGUCUGUCUUGUCGCUGUGUGAACGGGAGGAAACUGUGCAAGCUGAGGUGUCCUCCACUCCACUGUGAUGAGGGACAAGUCAUGGUGGAGGAACCAGGUAGUUGCUGUCCAGUUUGUAGGAAACAAUUUCAAGGUGAGCCCAUGCCAGAGUGUCAUCGUUUUGUGGAAAUUAGAAACAUCACCAAGAGAAAUUGUCGCCUUGACAAUGUGGAGGUUACCUUCUGCAGGGGACAGUGUUUGUCCAGGACCGAUGUCAUCCUGGAGGAACCAUACCUCCAGUCCGUAUGUGAUUGUUGUAGUUACCGGUUGGACCCAGACAACCCAGUUCGCUUCCUCAGCCUGCGAUGUGAGAAUGGGGAAAGUGAGCCAGUCGUCCUGCCAAUCAUACACAGCUGUGAGUGCACCAGCUGCCAAGGAGGCGACCUGUCCAGACGCUAAGCCUGUUGUCAUUGUGUUUGUGCGACCUAAAUGUUUGUUUACUCAUUGUGUGCGCAUGAACCAGAGAGACAAAUGACAACCUCAUAUGAAUGACACUCUUAAAGUAUCGUGUAUGGCUGACAGACAGAUGGACACAUGGACAGCAGGAUGAUGAUGAUACUGAUGAUGAUGGACACAUUACUCUGUAGCUUUUAGUCACCAUAAGACUGAGUACUACUGCUGAUCAUA